UCUCUUCCCUCCGGCGUGCGAUUCUCCCCCUUCCGGCGUGCAAGGCAGAGACGACGACAGUACGGUUUUCAUCCAUAAAUAAAGGGCAAAAGAGAGUGAAGCCAGAGAUGUCUCCCUCUUUCUCGCCCUUCACGGAACAAAUGCGGCCCUGAAACAGAGGAACCGGUGAUAAAGAGCAUUUUAAUGUCGACCCACCUCCUCUGAACUCUCGCUUUCUCCUUCUCUCUCUGUCUCCUUCUCUUCGUCGUAAUCUGAACAUUGUCAUCCCUUCUGGUUGCUUAGAAACCAUUUGUUUCACAUCUCUCUGUUUUGGGUUGGAUGAACCCACCAUCAUAAAGGAUAACAGAGGAGAGAUCUUUUGUGGUUUUUUGCAAUUUCUCACUUCUGUUACUCAGGUCUCCCUCUUUUUUUUUUGUUCUUUCAAAGUUCUCUUUACAUUAUCGCAUUAUAUCUGGUUUUCCUGUUUGAGUGGAAGAGAUGAGUAAAGAAGAGUUUUUGAAGAUCCAGACUUGUGUACUCAAAGUGAACAUUCACUGUGAUGGAUGUAAGCAGAAGGUGAAGAAACUGUUGCAGAAAAUCGAAGGGGUGUAUACCACCACCAUAGAUUCGGAACAGGGGAAGGUAACAGUUUCAGGAAACACCGGAGGGGGGAGAAUCGCAAGCCAGAGGGAAGAGAAUCGGACGCUGGAAGGAUGGAUCGAGUUGCAGGCGGCGAGAAAGGCAUUUUCUGGCGAAAAUAAAAUGAAAAAUUCAGUUUCGGAGCAGAGUUUCUAUCUCGAGAGCGAUGAAGAAGAUGUUGAAAAUGCUUCUGGAAAAGGAGAUGAUGAUGGUAAUGAUUCUGAAUCUUCGGAUGGUUCUUCCGUCGAAUGCCAUCUGCAGAAACGGCCUAGUUCUUAUAACAUUUCAUGGCCUCAAAGUUACAGGCAAUCGAUCGAUAUAUACAGUAGCAUACCUUCUCCGAGUAUUGGGUUUCUGGGCACUCCUACAUUGUCAAGAUUAGGAAGUUCUUUCCUUUCAUCUUCACAUAUCCUGGGAAAGCCAUUGUUACCAGCAGAUGAGAAGCAGCAAGAACAGCUACAACAGCGACGCCAGAGUUCUCAUGCUCUGCUUCCUCCUCCCAUUCCUACAAAGAAGCCUUCAGCCAAAAAGGUAUCCCCUGAUCAGAAACCAUCCAAUGUCUCUCAUGGACCACCACUGUCUCAACAAUGCUCUUAUGGACAAGCUGUGCUGAAUGGCGUGAACGUUCUCUGUGGGGUUGGAAUCCUGUCAACUCCCUAUGCAGCAAAGGAAGGUGGUUGGACGAGCCUGUUUAUACUAUUUCUAUAUGCAGUUCUCUCUUGGUAUACUGGAAUUCUAUUGCGCCACUGCUUAGACAGCGAACCUGAACUUGAGACAUACCCAGACAUUGGCCAAGCUGCUUUUGGCACCGCGGGUCGUUUUGCAAUAUCUAUAAUUCUCUAUGUGGAACUCUAUGCUUCUUGUGUUGAGUAUAUAAUUUUGGAGAGUGAUAACUUAUCAGCAUUGUUCCCAAAUGCACAUUUAAACAUAGGUGGGUUUGUGUUGAAAUCCCACCAUCUUUUUGCAUUGAUGGCCACCAUUGUUAUUCUUCCUACUGUGUGGCUUCGGGAUCUUAGCGUUCUCAGUUACUUUUCAGCUGGGGGAGUCAUUGCAUCUAUAUUGGUUGUUCUCUGCUUGUUCUGGGUGGGACUGGUGGAUCAAGUUGGCUUUCAAAACAAAGGGAAUAUGCUAAAUAUCUCAACCUUUCCAGUUGCCAUUGGCCUUUAUGGUUAUUGCUACUCUGGACAUGCUGUCUUCCCAAAUAUUUAUACUUCAAUGGCAAAGCCAAGCCAAUUCCCAUCUGUUCUCCUAGUAGCUUUUGGUCUUUGUACAUUGAUGUAUGGUGGAGUUGCUUUCAUGGGAUACACAAUGUUUGGGGAGUCAACAGCAUCUCAAUUCACUCUUAACAUGCCCCAUGAUUUAGUUGCAUCAAAGAUUGCUGUCUGGACGACGGUGGUUAACCCAUUCACCAAAUAUGCAUUAACCAUGACCCCAGUGGCAAUGUGUUUCGAGGAACUGAUACCAGCAGAUAGUCUAAAAUCUCAGAUGUACUCAAUCAUCAUCAGAACAUCUUUGGUGAUCUCUACCUUGCUUGUGGGUCUAACCAUCCCCUUCUUCGGUCUUGUGAUGGCAUUGAUUGGAUCAUUAUUUACAAUGCUUGUGACUCUGAUACUUCCUUGUGCUUGCUUUCUGAGCAUCUUAAGGGGUAAGGUGAACCUGCUGCAGGUGUUAUUGUGUAUUUUGAUUAUUACAGUGGGCGUUGCAUCAUCUGCCUUUGGGACCAUCUCAGCGAUCUCUAAAAUAAUAGAGAGCUUGAGCUAAAGUAUCAGAGAUCUUCCAACGAUAAGGAAUCACUCAUAUUAUAUAUACUAAACAUAUUGACCUUCCAUUUUCAAUUUUGGUGCGUAUUUUGGCUAGUGAGAAAGAAUUUUUUUGAAGGUUAAAAAAUAUAGAAAAAAUAUAGACUAUAAAUAGAUUAGUUACAAUAAUUUUAUAAUUCGAAGAUUUAGCAUUUAGAAAUUACUAAUUUGAGUUGGCCCGAUUAGGGUCCGUGAUGUUUGUUUGAAGAUUAGGAAUAACAGUGGAAAAUCAUAUUUAAUGGUUUAUUAGUUGAGGAAGGCAACCAAAUUUGAUUUGUGACCAA